CCAAGAUGAGAGCUACCAGAAGCGCUUGGUUGGGCUUUCUGCUCGAGCUGCUACUCCUCUUUGAAAUCCAACUUUGCGAUGUGACUGAAGCCCGACAAAACCAUAUGAAUCGCAUGCAGAUGAGUGGAAACUUUCCAGACUCACGUGAGGAGCAACUGGUGCGCCAAAAAAUAGCUACAGAUGUGCAAAAGUAUAUGAACCUGAGCGCCGAUCCCUGUACGGAUUUCUUCGAGUAUGCCUGCGGUCAGUGGGGCCGUUAUCACAAGCGACAGCUUCGUCCGGAUGAGUUGUCCACUGCCCAGCAACUGAUGGAGACCAAAAUUUCGGAGCAACUGCAGCAGCUUCUCACCCAGCCACUGCCGCCGCAACAUCAUCCGAACGGAUAUAGUGGAGCCAGCAUGACGAAUGUUCGAAAAGUGCGAGCCUUCUACGAAUCUUGCGUCGCAGUGGAAGCAAAUGCCAGUGAGAGACGUCGUUUCCUAAUGAAGAUUCUCAAGGAUAACGGAGGAUUACGCAACGUUCCCAACUCCAACUGGCAGCACAAUCGUCAGUGGGUACAAACACUGGGCGAACUGAGAAGGAACUACGGAUUGGACAUACUUUUGGGUCUGGAAAUCGAUCUGAAUCUGCAAACCAUGAAGGGUAAUACCAUAUACUUUGGUGAGCCCAAGCUCACCAUCAUUCCAGCUGAGCACUGCAAUGCCUUGGCAACGCGAGGAGCUCAAGUGCGAGAUGAGGUCUACGAGCUGGUGCAGCAGCAGGUGACCGAGAAUUUGCGCGAUUGGUUUGGCAUGGACACCGGAGAGGCGGCUAGAUUUGCAGGAGAUAUUAUUCGUUUCGAGUUUGAGCUGUGCAAACAAAUGGGAGAGCAGGAUAUUCAGAAGCCAGAGGAGGAGUUUCCACCCGCCAUACAGGCGCAAAUUUACGGCGCGCGAUCGCGAACUGGUCAAGAGCGUCUGCGGCGCCAGAAAGGAGGAAUGACCCUGACCGAGCUCACCAGCGAGAUGGGAAAUCACUUGGACUUUAAAAUGCUGGUAGAGGUCAUCCUGGAGAGUCAGUACCCAUCCCAAGUCUAUCUUCGUUCUCCGGAAUAUGUUAAACAUGUGGUGAGGACUGUUAAGGCCAAUAACCGCAUCACCGUUGGUGGCUACAUUCUAUACGUGGCCCUGAACGAACUGAAUCAGCCGCCAGAGGAAGCACCUUCACAACGUGCCCGCCAAUGCGUCCAGGUGACGCAACGUCUCUUUCCGCAAGUUUUGGGUGAGAUGUUCCAGCGCCAUGUACAGCGCGAUAAUGCAAAACAUGAUCUGGACGCCGUUUUCAACGAUGUGAUCAAGGCGCUCGAGGAGCAGUUCCACGUGGAAUGGAUGGACGAGAACGAUCGCAGGGCGGCCAGAACCAGACUGUCACAAUAUCGAGUGUCUCUGCCGGAUUACCAAAGUUUGGAUCUAACCGAUUUGCAGUUCCAGAAGUCAGAAGACUACUGGCGCCGUUUGGAGAUUGCACUAAAGUAUCGUUCCCAUCAGCAGUUCGAAGCCCUCAGGGGCAACGAUUUUGGUCAGGAUGCAGACGGUCUGGAUGCAUUCGAGGUGCGAGCUGCUCUAUCCCCCCGCCAGCAAAUGGUCCUGGUUGGAUGGGGUCUGCUGCAGGCUCCAUACUACAAUUACUACUACCCAAAGUCUUUGAAAUAUGCGCUAUUGGGCCAUCGAUUGGCCAGUGCAUUGGUUCAGGCAUUCGAUGACGAGGGAUGGAACAAUCAUCCACAGGCGACGGCCCAGUGGAAUGAGGUGACCAUGUCUGGUUACCGAAAUGCCAGCGAAUGCCAACGGGCUCAGUACAGUAGUUACUUGUACAAUGAACCUGGCGAAUUUCGCAAUGCCACCAGGCUAAGAGAGAUUAUAGCCGAUGGCAGUGGUCUCAACUUGGCCUUCAACGCGUAUCUAGCUUGGCUGGAGCAGCAGGAUCACAAGCUACGUCCACUACUGGCGAAGGAAACGCUGUCGGAGUUAAAUUUCACCAACACCCAGCUAUUCUUCAUAUACUUCGCACAGACGCGCUGCUGGGCAAAGGACAACCAGGAUGCCAUCCUGGACUCGAUGCCUCUGAUGCAGCACACACCGGAGAGAUGGGAUGUCAAUGGACCGCUCAGCAACUCCGCGGAAUUCGGACGAGAGUUCGGCUGUGCCCUGGGCACACCGAUGAAUAGUGGCGACAAGUGUUUGGUUUACUGAUGAUGACAAGGCGGAAAUAAAAUAUACUUGGAAAGU